UAUCAAACAAGCUCAUCAGUUUUUGCUACAUACAGCAUCCGAUCACCUGGGUGGAAGGAUUUUUUUGUCUUUGAGUAGAAACCAAGAACCAAACCAACACAUCAAGAUGGGAAAGAUCCUAUUUGGAAUCAUUGCAGCUGUUGCAUCUUUCAUGCUGGUUGAAUCCCUGACCUGCAACCAGUGCAAGUAUGGUCUGCUGGGCUUCUGCUUAAGCAACAGUCAAGUGACCUGCCCAACCAACACCAGUGUCUGCUUUACUGGAAAAGCAAGUUUCACCUCACUAGCCUCUGUGGGCUUCAACACCCAGGGGUGCCAGGAGCCUGCUGGCUGCAACACCACCAGCGGCACCCUGCUGAAUGUUGAUUACACGAUCACAGUCAGCUGUUGCUCAUCAAACAACUGCAACCCCCGCCCCCCGUCAGCGGUGUACAUCGACAAAACCCCCCCCCCCUGCCCCACAUUGGUGUAG